UUUUCUUUUUUGUUUAUUAUACACAAAAUUCGAAGAAUUUGGGUUCUUCCCGGGAAAAUUAAUUAACAAAAACAAUUUGUUGCUGAAAUUUUUCUGAGUGCUAAAAUUCCACUUGGAGAAGAUCGAAGAUCACGCCACAGAGGCAGAGAGAGAAUCGUCGGGUGACAUGGCCGCUGCCAGACCUACAAGAACGCCGAUGAAGUCGACACGGCUGCCAGUAGGUUUGUAUGCUGCGCAAUGUGAGGAAUGCUUUAAAUGGAGGUUGAUAAGUACCCAAGAAGAGUACGAGGAUAUUAGAAGCAAGCUGAUAGAAGAACCCUUUACAUGCCAUAGGAAAACCGAUACUUCUUGCAAGGAUCCUCCCGAUAUUGAGUACGAUGCAACUCGAACUUGGGGCAUUGACAAACCUAACAUCCCAAAGACCCCAGAAGGUUUCACGAGACAUUUGGUGGUCAGAAAGAAUUUCUCUAAAUUUGAUGCUUACUAUGUUACACCCACAGGGAAGACAGUGAGAUCCCCUACAGAGAUGCAAGCCUUUCUAGGAGCAAAUCCACGACACAAGGAUGUACCUCUUACAGACUUCAGUUUUACAAUCCCAAGAUUAAUGGAAGAAACUGUUCCUGAAAGUAUCUUGAAAGAGGGCUUAGAUAGCAGCAGUGCUAAAAGAAUUAAGAAAACAAAGGAUGAAUUUGCCCAUACUGACUGAAAAUCACUUGGGCUCCUUGCAGCAUUCUGCUGCUGUUCUUAACCCAUGUGAAUGGUUCUAUUUUGACUUGUCUUUCAGGUGCUACUAUUGUACCAUUUUCAUGUUAGCUUACGAAGACAAUUGUUGUGUAUUGUAUAAUAUGGCCUUGUUUGAUAACACUGAAUAUUCUUGGACUUUGAGUGAGUUUGAUACGACUAAUAAGU